AUGGCUAGAAAAAAGAGAUCUCAGGAAUCUAUUCUAGAAAGAACAAAUAAAAAGAGAAAGCAAGAAGACGCAUUAUUGGAAACAGGAUCCUUCAAUGAUGCAGGUUCUUUGUCUGAUACGGAUGUCUAUGAUAAGGUUGCAUCCAAAAUCAAGUCCUGGGAUGAUGAGGAACAAGAUUAUGAGUUAAAACCAAGAAAACUGAAAGAUGCAGAGGAAGAUAUGGUUGAAGGGCUUCCGAUUAAGAUUAAUGGGAAAGUUGAAAGAAACUUGGUCAAGAGGCAAAGAAAACAAUCUCAAACAAAGGAAGAAAUAGAAGAUGAUGAAGAUGAAGAAGAAGAUAAAUCUGAGACAAUGCAGGCAUCUGAGAAGGAUGCUGUAAAUGAGAGUGAUGCAGAACCUGACACUGAAGAAAGAAUUAUUGAGCUGAAGGAAGAUAUUGCCGAUCUCGUUGAAAAGAUUAUGGAAGAUCCAGAGGAAAAUACAACUGCUCUAACGAGAUUGUGUAAAAUGGCUAAUUCAAAAAAUCCAAACAACUGUAAGUUUUCCAUGCUGGCAUUAGUAUCUGUUUUCAAGAGUAUCAUUCCUGGUUACAGAAUUCGACCUUUGACAGACUUAGAAAAGAAGGAAAAGGUGACUAAGGAAGUUGCUAAGCUGAGAGCAUUUGAGCAGGCUCUUGUUGCAAAUUACAGGAACUACAUAGAAACCCUGAAACGAUUGUCAAGGGUUGCAAAUAAUGAUAACCCUGUUCAAGUUUCUCUUGGUGUUUUAGCUAUGCAAGCUGCUAACGAAAUUGCCUCCAAUGCAUCUCAUUUUAAUUUUAGGUCAGAAGUAUUCACUCUGAUUUUACGUCGUAUUUGCAAGCCAAAUAUUGCUGUUGAUCCAAUUGCCGAGGCUUCAAUAAAAACAAUAGAGACUCUAUUGAAUGCCGAUGAUGAAGGUGGUAUCUCAAUUGAAAUAAUAAGAAUUCUGUCAAAAAUUUUGAAAGUAAGAAACUACAAUGUGGAAGAAACGGUUUUGAACAUGUUACUCUCCCUGGAUGUUCUUCACGAUUUUGAUCCAAACACUAGAAACGACGAUGAGAAUGUCGCAUUUAAGAUGAAGAAAAAGGAUAGAGUCCAUUUAUCCAAAAAACAGAGAAAAGUAAGGAAGGAAAUGAAGGAAAUUGAGGAAGAAAUGCAAAAAGCGGAACAAGUUGUAUCUGCUGAAGAAAGAGAAAGAAACCAAGCAUCGAUUUUAAAAAUGGUAUUGUCGUUGUAUCUAAAUAUACUGAGGAAUAAAUCUGAGAGACUAGUAGGUUCAGUAUUGGAGGGUCUUGCCAAAUUUGGAAAUAUGGCUAAUUUCGAUCUUUUGGGAGAUUUCUUAGAAGUGAUGAAAGAGCUAAUUUUUGACGCCGAAAUGGAUAAUUUGACUUCUGCAGAAGUGCGUAAAGUCCUGUUAUGUAUUGUCAGUGCAUUUUCCAUCGUAUCCAAUAAUAACCAUAUGAAAAUCAAUAUCGAUCUCUCCACAUUUGUGGAUGCUCUUUAUUCUAUUUUACCAUAUGUUUCGCUUGAUGCUGAUUUGGAGCUUUCAUACAAAUCGUUAAGGUUAGCUGAUCCACUUAAUGAUGAACUGAUAAAACCAGCAGUUAAUGUAUCAACCAAGGCAGAACUUCUACUAAAGGCACUAGAUCAUGUCUUCUUCAGAUCCAAAUCUGGUACAAAGAUAAGAGCGACAGCCUUCACGAAACGUCUAUAUAUUUGUAUGCAACAUACACCUGAAAAGACGACAAUAGCUCUAUUGAAGUUUAUUGAAAAGUUAACAACAAGAUACCCAGAAGUCGGGGGGUUGUACUCUACUGAAGAUAGAAUUGCAAAUGGUAAUUUCAACAUGCAAACUGACAGUCUUUCAAGAAGUAAUCCAGAUGCAGCAACUCUAUGGGAGAAUGUAAUCCUUACCAAGCAUUAUUGUCCUAUAGUGGUGAAAGGUGUCCGUUCAUUAUCAACUAAGUCCAAAGAAUUUUCAAAAUGA